AUGGACGGACGAAGAAUUGGUGCAGAAGAACGAGGAAUGGAUAUAAAAGUUUGUGAGGAAGAAGGAAGAGUUGGUGACGAAGUAAGGAAGGUUGGAGACGACGAAGGAGGACCUGGCGGCGAAGUGCGAAACCCUGGCGACGAAAGGCGAAGUCCUGGCGGUGACGAAAGCGGAGCUGAGGGUGGCGAACGGAGCCAGGAAAUUGUGAUUGAAAGAGCGGGGGAAGAAAUACAAACGGCUGGAAGAUCGUGGGCAGAUAUUGUCGGUUCGCAGAAUGAGCGAAAGGCGCUGUACCGUUACCACAUGCUCGGUUUGGAGCUAGGGUUGCUAGACCCAACUUUGUUGUGUUGCAUACCCAGCCGUUUAAGGAUAUUACAGUGCGUGAUGCGGUCAUGGAUGCAGUUUUAAAAUGUGUGAGACAAGAUAAAAUUAAAUGUGUGCAACAAGUUCCUGGGCCUCGGUAUCUUUUGACUUUUCGCUCGUUGGAAUAUAAACAAUUAUUUUUAGAUCAGCCGUUUCAUUUGCGGGGUGAACGAGUUAUUGCUCAAGAACUUGGUAUGCCCAAGUUUCUGGUUAAAGUUUUAUAUGCCCCUAAUAAAAUUUCUAAUCAAACGAUAGCUGCAACGUUGGCGAAGUAUGGCAAAAUAGUGAAGGUGGAACGGGAAAUGUAUCGUGAUUGGCCUAAUGUCGAAACUGGUGUACGACUGGCAACAAUGAGUGAAUUAACUGAGGGGAUUCCCCGUCGUCUCUUUGUUGGCCCUUAUCCGAUAGAAACUAGAUAUCGUGGGCAAGUACCUUUAUGUGGCCAAUGUGGCGAAUAUGGACAUCGUGUUGCCACGUGUUCGAAUGAUGUAAAGUGUUUCAAGUGUGGUCAAAAUGGUCAUAUACAACGUCACUGAUUCAAGUUUUUGCUAUGUGGCCAGUUUGGGCACGUUAGGGCAAAUUGUCUAGAGAAUCAACGUGACGUGUCCAAUGACAGAGAUGAUGAAACGUCGGGAAGUAAUUUGAGUAACGAUAUCGGUCGUGAUGAAAACGGUAGCGACGUCUCCCAGCCGAGUGAUGAAGAUAUGGACCGUAUGAAAUCGACAAGUUUUAAGGAUCCAGGCGGCAUCAGAGGCGUCUUGUUAACGGUAGACAAAGCUAGUAGUAAUGUAGCCUGCGAACAGGCUCUCAAGCUGAAUUGAGAGCCUGCAUCGAUGACUAAUGAAUUUGAAUAUCUACGUCUCAAAUUGUGACGCGAAAUUCUCAUUGGUCAGAUGCUAUAAUUUAUAUGUUUCCGCUGAGCUCUAUAUAUGUCAACUGCUGAAGCACUAUGCAUAAAAAACACAUUAACUGCUCAAAUUGGUCUUGGCCGUCUUAUCUCAAAGCACGAAAUGUUUUGUUUUGAGAAAACAGUAUUUAAAACAUUUGAACUUUUGCUUGAAUAUCUUAUAUUUCGGAAAACAGUAUAAACUGUACGUCUAAAUUUAGUUUGCACGGUCUAAAUUUAGUUUGCACGAAAGUUGUAAACAACACCAUAUAAGGAUAGACAUUCCAUAUUUGGAAAAACGAACGUUACGGGGCAGAUAUUCAAAUUCACUAGUCAUCGAUGCAGGCUCUCAAUUCAGCUUGAGAGCCUGUUCGCAGGCUAGUAGUAAUGUUGGUCCCGGUGUGUGGAAGUUAAAUGUCUCAUUAUUAAAAGUGCGAGAAGUUCGUGAGCAAAUUGCUUCAUUUGGGGACCAUUGGAAAGAUCGGAAACGUGAUUUUGGUAAUGUAUCUGAAUGGUGGGACUCUGGCAAGUUAAGAGUUAAAUCUCUUCUUCUAGCUCAAGUAUAGUCAAAAAGAAUCUCGAAUGCGCAAGCAAGAACGUUCGACCGUACUAAAUCGCUAUCGUCGUAUUGUGUGUAAAACAAACUUAUCGGAGGAUGAAGUUAAAGAACUAGACAUAGUUAAGUCCCAAUUGGAAACUAUGGAUUUAUAUCCAAGGAAACAAGAUCCGAAGUGGAGCAAAAUGGCUCGAAUUAAACGAACAGCCAUCGCGCUUUUUCUUCCAAAAGGAGAAAAGAAGAGCCGUUAAGAAAACGUGUCAUGCUCUACGCACGAGUGAUGGACGAAGAGUGACUGAGCAGGAUGAUAUCUCAAAGGAACAGGUUCGGUUUUAUAAGGAACUUUAUUCAAAAGUACCGACAGACAAAGUUGCGCAAGAUCGGAUACUAAAUUUACUUGACAAGAAACUAACAGAUGAGCAACGCGAUUCAUGUGAGGGGCAGUUAACGGUGGGUGACUGUUUGGUGGAAGUAAAGUCUAUGGCAUAUGGCAAAACACCGAGUUCAGACGGUCUACCGAAAGAAUUUUAUUUGACCUUUUGGGACCUGCUUAAAGAAGACUUUGUUGAAAUGGCAAAUUAUUAUUUUUCAGUUGAACUGAUGCCUGAGUCUAUGGGCCAGGCAUUAAUAUCACUGUUUUUUAAGAUAGAAGAUCCUGAAUUAUUGAAAAAUUGGCGCCCAAACUCGCUCCUCAAUACAGAUUGCAAGAUUAUUACGAAAGUUCCGGUAAAUCGUGUUAAACCUGUUAUGCCCACGAUAAUUCACCCGGAUCAAUGCUGUUCUGUACCUGGGCGUUCGAGUGAAGAUAAUGCGACUCUCCUACGAGACAUAUGUGACUAUCUGGAAGUUAAUAAACGAAUGGCCUGUGCCUUUAUAUCGAUUGGUCAAGAAAAAGCGUUUGAUUAUGUUGAGUGGCACUUUUUAGUCAGAAUUUUAGGAACUAUGAAUUUUGGUCCACAAUUUUUAUCCUACAUUAAAAGUAUUUAUCAUGACCUUCGGAGAACUAUAAUAUCCAAUGGUUAUGUUUCAGAGUUUUUUCACGUGCAACAAGGUGUACGACAAGGUGACCGCUAUCUCCAUUGUUGUUUGUUAUGGUGGCGGAAGUGUUUGGACAAGCCAUUCGAAAGUGCCCAGAAAUACAGGGAUUUCGUGUGCCUGAAGGGAAGCAAGUGA